CGCCCGGCAGGCUGUGCGCCGCUCGGUGAGUCAGGUGGCCGCAUCAUGGAUGUGAACGUGACGGACAGCGAAUGGCGGAGCAUCGCUUUCCGGCAGAAGGUGGUGGCGCAGAUAGACGAGGCCAUGCGGUCAGCUGGAACUCCGAUCACCAAAUCCAGCAAAGACAUGGAGAACCACGUCUUCAUGAAGGCAAAGACCAGGGAAGAAUAUCUCAGUCUGGUGGCAAGGCUUAUUCUGCAUUUUCGAGACAUCCAUAAGAAGACACGAGCUGGUGAUCCAAUGAACGCUUUGCAGAACUUGCAAGGUGGUCCCACGGGGAGCUCGAGUGGGAUGAUGGCCACUCGUCCCCCCGGAGCUCCUCUGCCUGGAAUGGCAGGUCUGGGACAGGUGAAUCAAUCAAUGUCACAUCCUGGACAGCCUCAGCCGGGUACGUCUGGAAUGGUGCCUCACAUGCCUGGCUUCCCGCCAAGCACCCAGCAGCAGUCCCAGUUACAGAUGCAGCAGAUUGCCCAGCAGCAGCAGCAGCAGCAGUUCCAGGCUCAACAGGCUGCACAGCAGCAGCAGCAGCAGCAGCAGCAGCAACAACAACAACAACAGCAGCAGCAGCAGCAGCAGCAGCAGUUCCAGGCACAGCAGCAGCAGAUAAUGAAACUGCAGAUGCAGCAGCAGCAGCAGCAGCAGCAGCAGCAGAGAUUGAUGCAACAGCAGCUCCAGCACCAACAGCUCCAGCAGCAUCAACAGAUCCAACUCCAGCAGCUUCAGCAGCUUCAGUCUCAGUCUCAGCCCCAGUCACAACUGGCACCUCAGUCCCAGCCACAGACCAUGGUUGCACAGGUACCUGGCCAGUCGGGGCAGGUUUCCAUGUCUUCACCCUUAACGCAGCAGCAGCAGCCACCACCCAUCAAGCUUCAGGCCCCACAACAGGUCCGUACACAGUUUCCACAGGGGCAGGCAGCUCAAGCUCAGGCCCAGGCUCAAGCACAGGCUCAGGCUCAAGCUCAAGCACAGGCCCAGGCCCAGGCGCAGGCCCAAGCCCAAGCCCAGGCUCAGGCACAGGCCCAAGCCCAGGCCCAAGCGCAAGCCCAGGCCCAAGCGCAAGCGCAGGCCCAGGCUCAAGCGCAGGCCCAGGCUCAAGCGCAGGCCCAGGUUCAAGCACAAGCACAGAUAGGAGCAGGAGGCCAGAUGAUGUCUUCUCUGACCCGCACUGUGCGACCACGGUUCCCACCUGCCUCUGUUGCAUCGUCCGCGCCUCAAAACUCCAUUCCUCUGGGAGGACAGCAAAUGGCUCAGGUUAACAGUACGAUUGCCAUGAUACCAUCUCCAGUCCAGCAGCCGAUGCUCCCACCGCCACAACCUCAGCCAUCUCCCCAGCCUCCUUCAUCCCAACAGAGUUCUGUGAGUUCUGGUCCAGCUCCAUCUCCGAGUGCUUUCCUGCCAAGUCCAUCUGCACAGACAACACAGAGCCCAGCUGCAGCGCGGACCCCCCAGAACUUCAGUGUCCCUUCCCCAGGCCCUCUCAACACUCCAGUGAACCCAGGCUCAGUUCCAAGCCCAGCUGGUCGGACACAGACUGAGGAACAACAGUACCUGGAUAAACUGAAGCAGCUGUCCAAGUACAUCGACCCUUUGAGGCGGAUGAUCAAUAAAAUAGACAAAAAUGAAGACAGAAAGAAGGAUCUAAGUAAAAUGAAGAGUCUUCUGGACAUCCUCACGGACCCUAACAAAAGGUGCUCUUUGGCAACUCUUCAGAAGUGUGAAAUUGCUUUGGAAAAACUGAAGAACGACAUGGCAGUGCCUACACCUCCACCUCCACCAAUGUCAAUCACAAAGCAGCAGUACCUGUGCCAGCCCCUCCUGGAUGCUGUCCUGGCUAACAUACGCUCCCCGGUCUUCAACCAUUCCUUACAGCGAACCUUCGGGCCUGCUAUGACUGCCAUCCACGGACCACCAAUUACGGCCCCUCUGAUUUCCGCCCGGAAACGCAGGCACGAGGACGACGAGAGGCAAACCAUCCCCAAUGUCCUGCAGGGGGAGGUCGCACGGCUAAAUCCAAAAUUCCUGGUGAAUUUGGACCCUUCCCACUGCAGUAACAAUGGAACAGUUCAUCUCAUAUGCAAGUUGGAUGAUAAGAGUCUCCCCAGUGUUCCCCCACUACAGCUCAGUGUUCCAGCUGACUACCCAGAUCAGAGCCCUCAGUGGACUGAUGACUCCCAGCAGUAUGAGGCCAACCCAUUUCUGCAGAUGGUUCACCGUGCAAUGACAUCCAGGCUCCUACAGCUGCCCGACAAGCACUCUGUCACUGCACUCCUCAACACCUGGGCGCAGAGUGUGAAGCAGGCCUGCCUCUCUGCAGCAUGACCCCUUCCGGCAAGGUGUGAGCACCUCCCCACCGAGCCAAUCUGUAACCAAGCAGCCUUUUCAUGGAUUCAUCAGGAAGCUAGAUGUAUGGAGAAGGACUUACACCAUUUAGCUCUCUUCCUGGUCACCUUAAAAUACACAGGACCUUUCCAUUGCAAUUUCUGGAUAUAAAAUAUAUGUAUCAAGAAUUCAACACAUUAUUUACAGUCCUUGUUUCUCUUUCAGGCAGUGUUUUUGCUCAUAACCCGAAGUGGAUUUUAGUAUUCCAUAUGUUACUUGGGUAAGCGUGUUUUUAAUAACGUAUCAGUGAAGUUAUCACUGGAGUAAAUUGUUUUCCACAGAAUUGUUAAUAGUUUUGUUUUAUUUACCCAAGGAUUUACGACUUGACAUUACCACCAGUGCCAGUCUGGUCAUUCUCUGAGAGUCCACCUGCAGUGAUCCCAGCCCCACUUAAGAACGUGAGCAGAUAAUCCCCAGUGUAGUGCUGGGCAGUGCGGUACUGAAAGAGCUCUGCCUUUUGGGUGAACGUGAAACUGCCAAUAAAAGCAGUUAAUGCUGGAGAUGCUCACCGGGUUAGGCAGCACCUGGGGGGGCAGAGAGAGAAAUUUAAUGUUUGAAGUGAGACAGAACUGGGACGAACUGCACUUCACAAGCCUUCACCCUCUGAGUCAGCACCACCACCACUCAGAGGGUGAAGGCUUGUUAAGUGCAGUUAGUCCCAGUCCCCACAAAUCACAGACACCUCCCGUGUUCUCUCCAACCCUCCCCCUCUCUGCAGCUGGAAAUAUUUCCAGUGUUUGACUCGGAGACACUAGAGACUGCAGACGCUGGAAUCUGGAGCAACGCACAGACUACCGGAGGAACUCAGCAGGUCGAGCAGCAUCUGACCACGGGCGCUGCCUGACCGGCUGAGUUCCUCUGGCAUUCUGUUGUAGCUUUCCCCAGUUCAGAAGAAAGAUCAGUGAUCUGAAACGUUAAGUUCCUCUCUGUUGCCUGACCUGCUGAGUGUUUCCUGCAGUUUAUUUUCAUUUCAGAUUUUGAACAUUUGCAAUGAUUUUAAUUAAAUUAAACUGCUACAAUGGGUUAAGUUACCACAGUGUUUGAAGGGGAGUUCUUCAGGUAUCUCAGGCAAUCUUCUUCCUCCGGCCAACAUCACUAAAAACAGAUGACAUGGUCCUUGCCAGGAGUUGCGUGCUGCCAUAUGAUAGGUGCACCUUAUAGCCGUACACAUGGUGUAGGAGGUGUUUCUGAAAUAUGAAGUCUGAUGGAACAAUGUUCUGAUAGGAACUGCCCUCACACUGGCUCCCCACCUCCACUGAUCUUGGUGGAUCUCAUCUCGGACAACUUUAGGCUACACAAUCCUGACAAACGGGUAGGAAAAGAUCAUCAGCAUUUCCACUCCGAACCAGUGGAUGAAAACUGCCGUCAGUUUGUGCUGCAUUCAGGUGAACUAAGCAGAGAGUGGUCUCUGGCUAUGGUCAAUGAACAAUGACCGCUUGGGAUAGCCACAUGAGGACAUCCUGUGAACUCCAGCAGUGUCUGCAGUGAGGGGGAAGGGGCAGAGAAAAUACUCGUCAUGAGACGUAACUCUUAACCAAAAAAAACUUCAUAGUUCGGGGAUGUGAAGUAACUUCUAUAGCCAAUUACAAAUGUAUGCAGCGACAACCCCAUCAGAAACUGGCACUGAGGUUGCUGAAUGGCCACAAUUGUGGAAUACUGUACCGAAAGGUCCAGCAUGGAGAUGAUGGGCUGAAUUACAGCCUCCUGCACCAUAGUGUUCUGUGAUUUGGUGAAGACAGACUGACAAUUUUAUUCUGGAGAUACCCGGCGAGUGUCCACCGAGCCAAUUCCACGUCGUCAUCUUUUGCUCGCCCUGACGACUGCGCCAUCCAUUCUCACAGAGUUCUGGCGUUUAUUGGGCUUGUUCGUGACCCCCAUAUUAAAGGUGGUGUAUAUUUCUGCUGCAGUGUCCUAGUUGAGCACACUUUCCAUUCAAGGUGUUUCCAGAUGUUUAUCUCAUCAACAGACAAGAGUCUGGGAUGUGAUUAACUGACAGGUUGACUUAUCCAAAUGCCAAAGAUUCAAAGGUUCCUGACAUGUGGAUGCCCAAAAAACACUGUAAGGUCUAAAGAGGAUUCAUAGAAUGAUGCAGUGUAGAACUGAACGAAUCAACCUUUUGUCUCUGUCAGCUCUUUGGUAGUUAUCUAAUUAGUCCUACUUCCUGCUUUGUAUCCAGAGCCAGGGAAUUGUUUUCUCCUUUUGAAUAUUUGUCCAAUUUUCUUUUUGUAUGUUACUACUCAGCCCUUUCCUACCGCCCUCGUGGGCUGUGUGCUGCCGCUCACAACUCACUGUGUAAAAUAAAUUCUUCAUAGAACAUAGAACACUACAGCACAGUACAAGCCCUUUGGCCCACAGUGUUGUGCUGACAUUUUAUUCUGCUCUAAGAUCUAUCUAACCCUUCGCUCCCACAUAGCCCCCCAUUUUUCUAUCAAUCAUGGGGCCAUCUAAGAGUCUCUUAAAUGUCCCUAAUGUAUCUGCCCCCACAACCUCUGCCGGCAGUGCGUUCCACGCACCCACCACUCUCUGUGUGGAAAAAAAAACUUACCCCUGACAUCCCCCUUAUACCUUCCAAUCAUCUUAAAAUGAUGCCCCCCUUGGGUUAGCCAUUGUCACCCUGGGAAAAAGUCUCUGACUGUCCACUCGAUCUAUGCCUCUUAUCAUCUUGUACACCUCUAUCAAGUCACCUGUCAUCCUCCUCCUCUCCAAAGAGAAAAGCGCAAGCUCACUCAAUCUAUCCUCAUAAAACAUGCUCUCCAGUCCAGGCAGCAUCCUGGUAAAUCUCUGCACCCUCUCUAAAGCUUCGAACCAUGACUCCUCUGGUUGCUUCACCAGUCAGCUCCCACUGCUGCUCUGCUUAGCACCAUCCCACUGAGCACUGAUUGGGUAUGGUGUCCUUGGUCCUCCGGCCCUGACACACUCAGGUAUGUAUAUCCACCUGUACCUUAAAAAGACACGGGAUGUUUGCUGCUCUUUCGGGCAGCUGGCUGGAACCCUGGCAUCUCCCGAGCCAUGACUCGCCACACGAGUGGAUGUCGAGAGGCUCCUGGGGGGCCGGUGUUGGAUGGGCUGGGGCGGUCUCCAUGCUGAGAUGUGGGGCCCAGGGCUGCACCCUGUCUGACACGGAUGUUGGGGACCAGGAACAGCUGCCCCGCGUGGGGACAGACCGGCCGCAUCCUGCAGUCUCCCUCAUCACCACCUGCUUGCAGGGUGCUGUCUCUCCUGCCCUCCCCAGCACAGAGAUUUCUCAAGCUCAACAAUGGUCACUGCCCUUUGAGCUUACACAGCCAAAGAGGCGAGGAGACCACAGCUUCCAGCAAUGACCUGGGCCCAACAAUCUUCAACCUUUUCAUCAGUUGUCUCCCUUCAAUCACAAGGUCAGAAGUUUACUGAUGAUUGCAAGAUCUUUUUGCAACUCCUCAAAAAAUGAUCAGACACAACUCGGGCAUGGAUCAAAAAAUGUCAAGUUCCCACUGCACCAGACAAUUGGCAGGGAUGUUUCUUGAUAAGUAAACCAUCUCCAACGUGAGAGUCUAACCGCCUAUGUUUCACAUUUAUUGGCUUAACCAUCAUCCAGUGCCAUCGAUAUCCUGGGGUCACCAUUGACUUGAAACUGAACAGCCACAGAGACAGUGCAGCAACAAGAGCAGGUCAGAAGCUGUGGCAAGUGACUCCGCUCAUGGCAUGAAAAGGUCUAUCCACAUCUGUAAAACUGGAGUAAGAAGUGUGAUGGAAUAUGUGGACACAGCUCAGCACAUCACAGAAACCAGCCUCCCCUCCAUAGACUCUGUCUACACUUCUCACUGCCUCCGUACAGCAGCCAGCAUACUCAAAGACUCCAUCCGCCCGGGACAUUCCCUCUUCUCCCCCCUCCCAUCGGGCAGAAGAUACACGUACCACCAGGCUCAAGGGCAGCUUCUAUCCCUCUGUUACAAGACAAUUGAACAGUUCCCUAGUACGAUAAGAUGGACUCUUGACCUCACAAUCUACCCUGUUAUAACCUUGCACCUUAUUGUCUGCCUGCACUGCACUUUCUCUGUAGCUGGGACACUUUACUCUGCAUUCUGUAUUGUUUUACCUUGUACUACCUCAAUGCACUGUGUAAUGAAUUGGUCUGUAUGAACAAUAUGCAUGACAAGUU